GAAGAAAUCAAGAGCUGUCCUCCUGAAGUCAGUGGUGAAAACUGCCAAUGUUAGUGAGAUUCAACUAUUUUUCUAGGCAGAACCAUCUUUACAACGGUGGAGUUUUCAUGAUUAAAAAAGCACUCAAGGGUUUAAUAGACUCAGCAGAUUGAAGCAUUACUUUACAAUACCAUAGCAUCAACGAUGAUUGUUUUCUCUAACAUAAAGACUUCAUUCCCGGGCCUACUGGUCGACUGUAUUCGUCAUUUGAUCAAUAUAGCUACCCAAGGUUGUAAUCUCAAAUUAUGGCUUUCCACAAACUGAAACAUCGUUUUCGUACACAGUUCAUUGUCUCGACAAGGCCGGUCCAGAGGUCUGUCACUGGAGAAUAAGCAAUGGGCAUCAGUGUAGUGCACCAUACAUGCAGCAGGACUGCGCAGCCUCCUGCGGAAUUCGUGGUAUGUUUGUUUGAACCUCCUCUUAGGCGCUUUUUGAUCUCGGGAGUAGCAUAUACAACAGUCGGUGCUUAAGUGUAGCACGGUUCCCGUAGAUAUUCGCGCACGUGGUAAAAGCCGCACCCUCCAUUGCUUAGGCUUACUCGAAAAAGAUGAGAGCGGCUGAUCGCCAGUGUUUUGCCACGAUGAAUAUUGCUUCCAUUUAUCCGUUUUGAAUGGAUAAAUAACUCUAUGUUCUUUGCUUAGUUUCUUUUUUUUUUUUUCACGCUGGUUUUAGUGAUGUGCAAAAAACUUUCUAUUAGUUUUGGUGAUUGUUUUAUGAUCGAUCAGAGAAAACGUAACUUUCCCAUCUCCUCUUGAUCCAGGCUUUUGCAUGACUCCUUCCUUGAAGCCUUCUAAGCUACUUACAACACCAAAACCUCUCGUGACUGGAACUUCAAAUGCAUCCACUACAACGCAUCCCGCCUAUCUUCCUGUCACGACAUCAGAUGCGAAACCACUUGGGAAAACUUCUACUGUGACAUUAUCAUCCAAUGCUACUGCGAGAAAACCGGCUUUUGCGGCGUCAGUUGUGACAUCCAACAUUCGUACCAACGUAACUUUGAGUAUUGGCCACGUUGAUUCUCCUAACGUGAUCAAUGUUCGGCCAGUCGCGCCAUCUCGGAAAUUCACAAACGUGACUGUUAGCAGAGCAGAACAAUUGAAAGGAGUCAUUGAUAAACUCGUCACGUUACUGGAUGAACAGACCAAACAUAGGUCGAAAACCAGUAAGUAUUAUCUUUUUGGUAAUGGAAAUGUUUUUGUGCAAUUAAAUCAUGGAAAACACACUUUAAAAAUCGAGCUUAAACGGACUUGAGGGUAUUAAAAUAACUGAAAGGAAAAUAUUAUCUUUGCUACGACAUCUACAAAUUGUUCGACGUUCUAUUCUUAAUCAGACGAGAAAGAACAACUUUUGGCCCUGUCUCCCUUAUUUUCUCUGUACUGGUUAGCAGGGGACGUUAAUGAACUCGUGAACUUCUCGCAGGGUAGAAAGAAGCUCACAGUGUUGUGCUGUGGCCUUGUUUUCAAAAAUUCCCUAACUGGGGGCACCUGCAAAAUUCCCUUUCGUAAGUUUUAAAGUGCUCAGUGCAGUCAGAGCAUAUUCAUGCAUAAUUUAUAGAGAAUGCGCUAUAUAACUACCUCGUUAUCAUUAUCAUAACUCAUGUAAACGUUCAGGUGCCGUGGAUUGGCUGGGUUUUUUCUCAAUAUUUGUUUUUGGUAGAGUCAGAUUAGUCUUUGAGAAAAUUUACAAGUGCUUAUUUAUUCCAAAUAGAACAAGAAAAAUCAUGUGAUUACGUAUUAAUACUAUAAAUGAAAAAAUACGAGAUAGUUUAUCUUGAUUAAGUAGAAGCAAAGCGCUUGCAUCAAGGGCAAAAAUAAUUUACUCAAACCUUGCAAGCCCUGUUAAUGCUAAUGUAAAACCGAGUUAAUGCUCAUCGGUUCAAGGCAGAGAUUAAGUACUCUUGCAUUUUCUCCCACGAUUACAAUUUAUAACAAUAAAGAAAAAACAAUUGCGGUCACCACCGCAAAAUCACUUGGAGUGACCAUCGAUAACAAACUCGAUUGGAGCAGUCACAUCGAUAAACUAACAAAGAAAGUCUCUUCUGGCAUAGGGGCUAUAAAACGAAUAGAGCACCUUGUCCCUCAAGCGACUUUACUUGUAAUAUAUCAGGCUCUGAUUCAGCCACAUUUUGACUAUUAUAAUAUUGUUUGGGGAAACUGCGGGAUGACUUUGCAGAACGAGGUACAGAAGCUACAAAACAGAACAGCCCGUGUUUUGACUUGUUCAAAUUACGACGCCGAUGCUAGUCACUUGUUUGAGCUCCUGAAAUGGAAAAACCUAGCUUCCCGGCAGGAAAUACAAAGAGCCAUAAUGGUCUAUAAGUCUCUGCACGGUUUAGCUACAGAUUAUUUAUGUUCUAAAUUUGAAAGGCGAGAAACUGCGUAUAACCUAGGAGACUGAUCGUGAGAAUACGCUUAACGUUCGUUUGACGCGCACAAACUAUUACAAAAAUAACAGUUUAGCUCUAAUGGCGCCACUCUUUGGAACAUACUUCCUCGUGACAUGAGACAAGCAGAGUCCCUUGGGUUAUUCAAACGUUUAAUUAAAGAAGUACGUUCAGGCACGGCAUUCGUGGAAAGCAGCCUUAGUUAGGUUUAUGCUUUAAGUAUAGUUUUUAUAGUAUCUUAUCCAUUUAAUGCAUAUUUAUAUAUUUGAAUGUUUUUAUGGCUGAUGAAUUGUCCGUGGGUAAAUAAAGAUUAUCUAUCUAUCCUAAAGCACUUUUUCUUGUCCAAGAUUGCAAGAAUGAGAACCCCAUAUGCACUCUAUGGUCAACCAUGGGAAAAUGUAAAGAUAUGAGCAGGCUGAUGAGUAAGCACUGUUGUGCAACUUGCAAGAAAGUUAUGGAUAUCCCAGCACCCAAAGGUACAAUUGCCACCACAGGUUAUGUUCAGAAUUACUUCUGUCUAGAUCUACUUUCAAUGAUAUUCAUAGUAUAUUGUUAUUUGAUGAAGCCAACGCGUGGAUUGUGCAGGCCACAUUAUUCAAGUUUACAGAUGUUUAUUGGAGACGAGUCAGGGAAAGGCUUGCCCCAAGAACUCUUGCAGACAUCUCGCCAACUUGAGUUGGAUGAAGAAAUGCUCGUGCCGAAGCGCUGAUAAUGAGGGUUUCCUCGCACAUUAGUUAUGUGUCCAUUUUUCCCAUUAGUGUCAUUAGCAUGCAAAGAUAACAACAUCAAAUGUCCUUUCUGGGCUUUGGCUGGCGAGUGCUCAAGAGACCGAAUAUGGAUGCAAGGAAAUUGUAGGAAAAGCUGUAAUCAGUGUGGAGGUGAGUAUUAAUCCUUUACAGCCUAACAUCGGCAUUCAUAUUCUCCAUACUCUUCUCUGUACAUUUACCAAGGUGCUUACAAGGGGAAUUUGUUUAACGAUCCACAGCUUGUUUAGUUGGUGAUCAUUUCCUUAAUUCUUGUGACGUUAAUGUUUUUUUCAAGGAGGGAAAUAAAUUCUAGUCACUCUUAGUGGUUAAAGGGUUAAGGCUUCCUUGAGGUCCCUGUUCAAGUCUACAGUUAGAAUGGAUGGAAUUUUACUGCUCCUCCCAGAUGAGAUUUUCAGCAUUUUGUCGGAUUCGCCAGCAUUGUCGGUACUCAUCUUUACCUUUUUGAAACUACAGAGAGGAAACGAGUGACGAGGAAGCCGCCGGAAGAUUAACAGAAAAAUUCCUAGCAAUGUAGAUGGAAAAUUAAGAUUUCUAAGUCUUCAGCUUGUGUCGAAGAGAGUUUGAUUUGAUCACGCUGACUGCUCAAUUUCAGACGACAUUGUCAUUACAAGUUUCCUUGACUUGUUUUCCACCACAGUUUGCCAGGAUAAAGAACAGAAAUGUGCUGAUUUAGCAUUACUGGGAAAGUGCACAGAAGGUGACAAACGCCUUGUGAUGUUGAGAGAUUGUCCUCAAAGCUGCGGUCUUUGUCAAGGUAGUACCGAUUAAAGUUGGUUGUCUUUAAUUCCUAGUGGUACAUGUACUUUUAUUUGGUAGAAUGAGAGUAGUCCGAUCCUAAACUUAAAUAUAUCAUGAUUAAAAAUGACAGAAAGUGGAAACUCUGGUCUAGGACGUGAUUUGUAACGCCAAUUUGCAUUGAAUCUUAUGAUAUUGACCGCACCAAUCAUGAAACGAAAAAAGCAUUUUAUUAGGUAAUUUGGUGUUAACAACUGAGUUGAAAACGUAAAUUGACCACCGUAGAGGGUAAAAAAGCUGACGUUUCGAGCGUUAGCCCUUCGUCAGAGCGAAUGAAGCAUUUUAUUAGUUGGGUUUCUACAUGACCUACAUCUCCUUUUGUCCAUGGGAUGAUCUGUCUGUGCAAAUCACAGAAAAAAAAGUCUUGAUUCCAAUAGUUAAAUGCUUUUCUCUUGUAACGGAUUGCACGUAAGUUCCAUUGGAUACUACAUAUGCCUGCGUUGGUUUCUUAUUCACGCAACCUAAGGCAAAUAAGCCAGAAAGUAAGAAUCAAAGGAAGCCAAUCGCUGCUUCUCCUCCAAUAAAACGUCACAACAGGAGUUGAUUCUUUUUCUCUGUUACAGUGUAUGACAGAUACGACUAUUGCCCUGCUUGGGCAGCGCAAGGCGAGUGCAAGAAAUCUAACUGGACGUGGAUGAGAGACAAUUGUCCCCUUAGUUGUAGCAUACCACGUGAGUGUCUCGUGACCUCGCUAUUUUGAUCAAACGAUUAAGCACUGCCUCUCAAUUUUGAUCACUGAGAAAAUCGUACAUUAGGUUUACUCGCAGCCAGCGUCAGUAUCUUGUUUUCUCAAGGAAGACUUAUUUUUCUUGCGUGUCCUGGCUAAAUAUUUUUCAAAGUUUCGCCAACUUCCCAGGGCCUGGGGCUAGUGGCGUUUUAUAACACUUUUGUGUGGCUAUGUGAUACUACGAACUGAAAGAUGGGUUAAUGGGAACUGCCAUCAUUACAUUUGUGAUGAUGUUUCUCUUAAGCAAUAACUCUUUUUCACCCGCAGUUUCAGAAGUGCAAUUUUGUGGAAGCGUGAAAGAUGGCAACUAUCCCAUCCCCCAGAUUUGCACGGGAUAUGUAUCCUGUUUAGGGGGAGUCACUCGUCACAAGUUAUGUCCAAGUGGAACACUUUUUAAUCCCCUGAAGAAGUUCUGUGAUUUGCCUGUUAAUGUUAGGUGUUUGCAAGAAAAGGAUCUCACUCUGAAAAGGAACCAUUUGGCAGGAUAA